CUCAGCGUCAAGCAUCAAAAGAGCAAAGAUGGCAUUGGCUUUUCGCAUGUUGCUUCUCCUUUGUGGGAUCGGUGGACUUGUGACUGGAGCUUGGUCAGAAAAGGACUCCAAGUGCAAAGAGCGUUACUGUCCCAAAGGCUGGUAUCUGUUGAACGAUCGCUGUUUCAUCUUCGUAGAGCAGAGGAGGCAAUUUGCAGAUGCAGAGGAUAUCUGCAUCCUUAAAGGUGGGAAUCUGGUUUCAAUCCGUAAUACUCUAGAGAACGCACUGGUCAAAGCGCUUAUAGCGCAGGAGGGUAGACAAGAUAACAGCACCUGGAUUGGAUGCCACGACGCCAUUGCGGAGGAUAAGUUCGUCUGGACUGAUGGCACCGAGUUUAAAUUCUCUGACUUUGUCCCAGGCCAGCCAGACAACUUUAAUGACAAUGAAGAUUGUUGCGAGAUUAACCGAACAAAUCAAUGGAAUGACGACGCGUGCGUGGAUCCUAAUUACUUUGUUUGUGCCAAAGACGUGCUCUGCAAACACUGAUCCGGUUUUCCGCAAUGAUGUCAUUUCCAUUGCCUUGCUGACUCUUUCCGAGACGACAUUGGACUUCAUUUGGUGUUAAAAUAUCUGGAAUCAUUAUGCUCUUUUCUUUUUUUCUUCUAUAAGGUUCCAUGUUUCCUGAUUGUCAGUUAAACUCAUUUAGAUGCUUUGAAGGGUACCUUUGAAAUAAAUGAAGGAAUGCA